AUGGCAUCAGUUGCAACAGAUCUCUUCAUUGGCAAAUUUGUAGCCAUUCUCGAGAGUGAAGCCGCCUCCAUAGCGGGUGUUCGUGAUCAAGUUUAUGAGAUUAAGCAGGAGCUGCUAUUCAUGAAAGCCUUCUUAGCGGAUGCUGACGGGGGCAACAAAGCACACACACAAGUAGAGGAAGUGUGGAUCACAAGCGUUCGAGACUGGGCCAAUGAUGUUGAAAACAUCAUUGAUGAAUUCAUGUAUCACGUGUACGAGCAGCAAAUUGGCGGUCGAUUUGCCAGGUGGAUCCACAAAACCAUUCAGUUUCCAAAGCACCUUUGGUAUAAGCGUAAAAUAGCCAACAAGUUACAGAAAAUUGCGAUUGCAAUUAGAGCUAUUCCUGAGAGAAAUCAAAGAUAUGGUGGUGGUGCAGCUGUAGAAGGAAAAAGUACUUCUUCUGAGGAUAUUGUCAGAUGGGUGCAGAAUCAAGCGGAGUCUUCUCUUUAUCAGAAGGAGGAUGAACUUGUCGGGAUUGAAGGAGAUAAGAACAUUUUACUGGGAUGGCUGAGGGAUGAAGCCAAGCACCAAACUGUUGUGUCUGUGGUCGGGAUGGGAGGAUCAGGGAAGACAACUCUAGUUGCAAGGACCUUCACCGACGACGUUGUGAAGAGCCAUUUCGAGUGUUAUGCGUGGAUUACCGUUUCACAGUCUUAUGUGAUUGAAGACUUGUUUAGAAGAUUGAUCAAAGAAUUUUACCAAGCAAGGAAGGAAGAGGUUACGGCAGACUUGAAUUCCAUGAGUUAUAGAGAAUUGCUAGAUAAACAACUUGGAAGUCGAGUCAUGUUUACAACUCGAAGAGAAGACAUAGCAUCCUCUUCCUUUGGAGUUGAAAGCCAUGUUCACAAGAUUCAACCGCUGGAAAGGGGUGAUGCGUGGGAGCUCUUCGGCAUGAAAGCAUUCUCAAGUUACCCUAACAAAUCUUGUUCAACAGAAAUUCUGCCAUUAGCUCGGGAACUUGUGGAGAAGUGUGAAGGCCUACCACUUGCAAUCGUAGCCUUGAGUGGUCUUAUGUCUUCUAAGAAGUCACUUACAGAGUGGAGCACAGUCUACAACAGCUUAAAUUGGCAUUUAACUAACAACCCUUUGCUAGAACCUAUGAAGAGCAUCUUGUGGUUUAGUUUUAAUGAUUUGCCAUACCGACUGAAGCAAUGCUUUCUAUAUUGUUCCCUUUUCCCUGAAGAUCAUGUGAUCACAAAUUAUAGGCUCAUUAAAUUGUGGAUCGCUGAAGGAUUUGUUGAACAUGUCGACGGGCUCACACCAGAAGAAGUUGCAAAUAGCUAUCUUAUGCAAUGUUUUGAAAGGCGAGGCGUAGAUACAAAGCGUUUUUAUCCGCGCUAUGCGAGGCGUAAGCCUUGA